AUGAGAGUAGAUGACCUCACUGAAAAUGAUAUCACCAGUAUUCGCAAGUGCUUCACAUUUUUUGAUAGAAAAAAUCACGGUUAUAUUGAAACGGAGCAGUUGGGAAAUGCCUUGCGUUGGCUGAAACUUAUCCCGUCGGAAGCUGAGAUUUCUGUUCUGCAGGAGUUCCUUGAUCCUCAGAAAACCGGAACUCUUUCAUGGGAACGGUUUCUGGUAGCCGCAGCCCAUGUGUGGUUUGCUUCACCUCAACAAUUACAAACGCACUUAUGGCACGCAUUUAUUGUCUUUGAUCCAGAGUUAAAAGGUGUUAUUCCCGCGGAAACCAUGAAAGAAAUCCUGGUUACGCACGGUAUGGAACCAAUACCGGAGAAGGAAGCAGACAAAUUAAUCAAACGAUUUAAAAAUCCUCACAAUCAGGUUGAAUAUAGCUUCAUGAUAAACGAAUUUAUGCGAUAA